UCGUGUGUAUUCGCAUAUUUUAUGCGUAAUGCACGUAGAGCAACAGAGAGCGAGUAUCAGUGACGACUUUUUAAUUCUAUCGCGUUACAUUUUCUCGAAUUUCGGCGAUUGCAUCGCGGACGCACACUACAAUCUUAUUCCAUCAAAAUGCUAAGACAAGUGUUGCGGCCGAUCGUUCGCAACGUUCGCAAAGCUGGUACACAUUCUGCCAGCUCGGAGCUGCCAGCAGACCUCAGGCGGCCCACGAUAAAUGACAUACCUGUGCCACACGGAUCGUGGAAGGAGCACUACGACGCAAGGCAAAAAGUUUACAAUGCUCAGUUAAUCGCUGGUAUUACAGUCCUGGUUGGCACCUUGCUGUUUGUAAAAACGUCAGAUAUAAUCUUCUUUAACUGGGGUCCACCCGAGGAGCCCGCUGAAAAGAAGUAAAUAUUCGUACGAGUGUUAGAUUUUCAAUUGAAAUAGAUGUAAAAGCAAUCUGGCCACAGCUGUUGUAUACGUUAUCGUGCGCGAGUAUAACGUUCGAUAACUUGUACUCUGUUUAAUAAAUAGUUUCUAUUUGA